ACAGAGAAAGAGCUACUACGUAAGCAUGUUGUCUCUUUCUCAGGUGUGCAAACGUCUGCAGCCACAAUGCGCAGUCUAUAUAUACUAUGUCUAUGGCUAGGUCUCGAAAUCGCGCUACACUCGGCUGACACGACACACGACACGCGUCAUAUCGGUCUAUCGUGAAGUAAACGGCAGGUGUAUCGCACGUCGUGAGUUUAAUUCAUAUAUAUUUUUCCGGGAAAAUGAAGAGAUCGCCGUUGAAUAAUGCUGCGCACGAUGGCCGGCCGUAUGUCGCAAAGCAUACGCCAUACAAUUGGAAGUCGCGUGGUAACGCGAACAGUAGAGGUUACGAGCGUUUCUCCGUGAGCGGUGCAGAACCGCAGCCUUGCGACGACAAUUUCAUCUCCCUCAACGUAAGCACACCGACAACGCGACACGAAAAAUAUCAUGCCACUAAUCGGUACAGCCCCGCCGGCGGACGCGGCAGUCCAGGUGGUGGAUACUAUAACAAUUAUAGAAACAACUAUCACGCCAUGCCAAGGUCCAACUAUAAUAACCGAUACUCCAACUAUAAGCAUUCCUCUGUGCAGUUCCAUGGGCAAAAAAGAAAGAGUUAUAGAGGAACCCAUAGGCAAAUGAACGUAUCAGCAUACAUAGACAUAAAUGCUUUUCUGGAAGAUCCUUGGGAAGAUCUAGUAAAAAAAUUAAAUGACUCGAAAAGCACAUGUAGAAGUGAAGGGCCUGAGAAUGAAUCUUCAUCAAGUUCAAAAUGGGCCAAUAUUGAUGUGAUAGAAAAGUCUGAGAGCAAAUUACCGAAACAUACAAGCUUGGAUGAUUCAAAAUGCCAUCAGGAAUGUGAAGAGGAAUAUUCUGCAGAAACGAGUUUUCAUAUGCAGAAUACAGAUCUUAGUCGGACAUCAGAAGUCAACAAUUUGGCAGAGUCAGAGUUUGGUGAUAUCUGCUCCAGUCAGGAUUUGCCAAAUGAGAGCACGUGCAGCAGCAACGACACAAUUUCUGAACACACACAGGAGAACACUACUCGUCCAAGUGUAUCUUUGAUAGAUACUGAUCAGAAAGAUAUAUAACAAUUUUAAAUGGGCGAAAAGAAAAUGCAUUAUAGUACAUAAAAGUACAUACAAAUGUAUAUAUGGUCUUGUAUAUACAGGAUGUUAUGGUUAAGGUGUCCUUCAUACAUAUAGAAUGUAUAACAUUGAAAAGAAAAGUUAUAUAUCUUUUUGUGAAAUUUGCACUAGUUUUUGGAUAACAAACAAAAAUAUCUAAGCAAAUGAGCGUGUAAAAAUUAGUAGGCUGGACUCGGUAGGCAUGCAAAAUCACUUAUUUUCUUGAUCUAACAACGGUGAACGUUGUCUGAUGGAUGGAGCAAUGUGACACAUGACACUGUGCCGAAAACAAUUUUCAAGCAGCGAGCGGUCAUUGUCUACGCGCCUUAUCUGAGGCUUGCCGCUCGUUGCCUGACAAUUGUUUUCCGGCGCAGUGCCAUGCAUCGCUUCAUCUCUCGCCAUCGGAUGAUGCCUACCAUUGCUGGAACCAAGAAACAAGCUGCGUGACGUACCUAUCAUAGUAUAACUAGUAUGUUUACUUCGUCAUUUGUUUGAUUUGUCGAUCCCUUCUGCGCAUCCGUCAUCUUCCUGGCCAGACCAAUGAGAAGAAAGUUGUAUUUGUUGUAGUAUAGCUAGUAUAGCUGUAGCGAGUAUGUAUACAUACAGACGCCACUGAAUCCUGACAAAAACCAUGGAAUACCAUGUGAUCGGGACCGACCCAGAUAGCCAGUAUGCUCAAGCAAUGUAUGGAAAUAAAAUGCCAGCAACUGAUGCUGGUUCUUUGCUGGAAAUAUGAAUUCAAUGUUUGAGUGAUUUAAAUAUAGCUAGCAUAAUGUUAACAUAUUGUCGUAGUUAAAUGCACAGCUAAAGAGAGAGCACAUCGAAUAGGCAUACUGUUAACAAAGAAUUAGCAUAUAUUGUUUUCAAUUUUCUAACAGAUAUAAACAUGUUAUAUCUGUUACAUCUGACCAAGCACUUAAUGCUAGCAUAAUGUUUGAAUCAUGCAAAUGUUUCAUUUCCGACACCAAAUGCUAGCAAACAACAGCACCAUAAACAACAUAGAUGCAUAGCUAGAUGCUAGCAUUUUUCUUAGCAAUGUGAAAGCAACUUGUGCUCACACUGGCUAUCUGGGGAAAAGAUCAAAGGGCCGACAGAGUAAAUAUAUUAGUCAUAUACCUAUCGAGCCCGGCCUAUGUAGCCGACUCCUAUGCGCUUAGUCGUUUAGACGUUUGAAUUAAUUACUAACUUUUAGAAAAUUAAGAUAACUGUUGUGAAUAUUACAAAAUGCCUUGUCUUUUCAGCUCUACUUGAGCAGAUGGACAUCUUAUGUACCCUGUGGAUAUGUAUACAAAGUGUAAACUAAUUUGCGCCUACUAUUUAUACAGUAAUAUUUCUCAUGAAAAACUGAGUCAAAAAGUCAUAAACCAUUUUUUCGAAUUAUGCUUUAUAAAGUAGUUGUUAUUAAUUAAGAAAUCGCGAAUCAGUAUCAGUUUAAACAGACGCACGACGGACUACCACUACAGUGCACGGCUCACGUCAAGCACAUUAGUAAAUGUGCGGCUAUAUAUAUAAUAAAUAGUGGGUGCGAAUUAGUUCUCAUAUAUCCUGUAUAUAAGUAUAGCGUCAUGGAAUUAAAUGCGCUGAUGAUUUUUUACAGUUAAAUUUUUUUAGAAAUAUAUUAAUAGUGUAAUUAUUGUGUAUGUAAAAUAGAACGUAUUAUUUUGCAGAUUAUAUUUUCACAAUUUGGCUGUGGAAAAUCUUUAGCAUUUAUAUUAACUAAUAUACAUAUGUGCAAUUUUGUUGUACAUAUCUAAACUAUCACGUGUGUAUAGUAAACCUCAAUUAAUUAAACAUCAAUUUCGUAACA